AUGUCUUGGACACCAGUGUACGCCCAAGGAGAGCCCGGCAGCGGCAUUGGAGGAUACGAUCUCAAGUCAAAAGCUGAUCGUGUCUUUGCACUCGACUACAAUUCAUCUGGUCAACUAGACCAUCUCUGCCUUUAUCGCCCAGGAACAGGAGCUUUCUUCAUCAUACGCAAUCAGGGCGGAACCUUCUCUCCUGUUUAUUCGCAGGGCGAUCCCGGCAGCGGCAUUGGCGGCUACGAUCUCAAACAUGUCAACGAUGUUGCUUUUGCCUUCGACUACGAGAGCACAGGAAAGCUGGACCAUAUCGUCCUUUAUCGUCCUGGAUACGGCGCGAUUUACAUUCUGAAGCGAUCCGGCACCACUUGGACUCCCGUUUAUGCGCAGGGUCAUUUGGGAAGCGGAAUCGGAGGCUAUGACCUUAAGAGUGCAAACGAUCGCAUCUUCGCUUUCGAUUACAAUCACUCCGGGCGGCAGGAUCACCUUGCCCUCUACAGACCGGGAAAAGGUACUUUCUUCAUUUUGAAGAGAUCUGGUACCACCUGGAGCGCGGUGUACGCGCAGGGUGAUCCAGGUAGUGGUAUCGGCGGAUACGAUCUGGGCCAAACGGCUGACAGAGCGUUCGCGCUGGACUACGACAGCUCAGGCAAGCUGGACCACAUUGCAUUGUACCGACCAGGCACUGGAACAUUUUGGAUCCUCAAGAACUCGAGUGCGGUGUUUGCCGAAGGUGACCCAGGAAAUGGUGUUGGUGGCUAUGACUUGAGCAGUGUCGAGGAUAAGGUGCUCGCUUUUGACUAUGAAGGCUCAAAGAAAGCUGACCAUUUGGUCCUUUACCGCACCAAUGCCACUGGUACAAUUUGGCUUCUCAAGCACACCUAG